UCAUCAUCAUACAUAGUCAAGAGGCGAAAAUCGAUUACUCUCCUUUUCUCUCCGUCUCCGGCGACAGUUCCUCUCAGAUCGACGUCCCCUGCAGCUCCUCCGGCUAGGGUUCUCCGCGUGCGGUAGGAAGCCGUGUGGCCUCGUUGCGUCCUAGUCUUCGAAGAAGCCCGGUUGUUUUGGCUGUUUCGAGGAGUUUGAAUCUAUAAGAAAAGAUGUUUGGUUCAACGAACCCUUUUGGGCAGUCAUCUAGUAGCCCGUUUGGGUCUCAGCCGGUGUUUGGGCAGACCAGUAAUGCAAGUAGUAAUCCCUUUGCUCCAAAGCCCUUUGGUACCUCUACUCCUUUUGCUGCACAGACAGGGGGUUCCAUGUUUGGAGGUACUUCGACCGGUGUGUUUGGUGCCCCUCAAUCUUCUUCUCCCUUUUCCUCCACCACCACUUUUGGAGCGUCUUCAUCCCCUGCAUUUGGAAGCUCAACUCCUGCAUUUGGCAGUUCAUCCUCACCUUUUGGUGGGUCAUCUGUUUUCGGCCAGAAGCCUGCUUUUGGCUUUUCAGCGCCUCAGUCAAGUCCUUUUGGAAGCACAACUCCACAAUCACAACCUGCAUUUGGUAGCGGUGUAUUUGGUGCAUCCACACCCUUUGGCGCAUCAAGCACACCUGCCUUUGGCGCUACGAGCACUCCUGCUUUCGGCGCCACGAGCACACCUGCCUUCGGGGCAUCAAGCACUCCGGCCUUCGGUGCAUCGAGUACUCCGGCCUUCGGUGCCACGAGCACACCUGCAUUUGGUGCCACGAGCACACCUGCAUUUGGUGGAACUGCAUUUGGUGGCAGUGCUUUUGGGGCUUCAAGCACUCCUGCCUUUGGUGCAUCAAGUACUCCUGCCUUUGGUGCUUCGAGCACUCCUGCCUUUGGGGCAUCAAGCACUCCUGCCUUCGGGGCGUCCAGUACUCCUGCCUUUGGGGCAUCAAGUACUCCAUCCUUUAGUUUCGGUUCUUCCCCAGCUUUUGGUCAAUCCACAUCUGCCUUUGGUAGCAGCCCAUUCGGUUCCACACCAUCUCCUUUUGGAGCCCAAAGUUCUCCUUUUGGUGCGCAGGCCUCAGUACCAACAUUUGGAGGUUCCAGUUUUGGUCAAACAGCUUUUGGGGGUCAACAAGGGGGUAGUAGGGUUGCUCCCUAUACACCUACAACUGAGGCUGAAACUGGCAGUGGUACUCAGCCUGCUGGAAAGCUAGAGUCUAUUUGUGCCAUGCCAGUAUAUAGAGAGAAAAGCCAUGAGGAGCUGAGGUGGGAAGAUUACCAGCGAGGAGAUAAAGGUGGGCCACCUCCUGCUGGUCAGUCUCCUGGAGGUACCGGAUUUGGUGUGGCAACUUCUCAGGCUAAUCCUUUCGCUCCUUCACCAGCGUUUGGACAGGCACCGGCAAACCCUUUUUCUAGCUCAACAUCUGCUAAUCCUUUUGCCCCCAAAACUCCAACAUUUGGCAGUUCAGGUUUUGGAAUGACUACCUCAACUUUUGGUUCCUCUCCUUUUGCUGCAACAUCAUCAUCCAACCUGUUUGGAUCAACCUCUUCUACUACCACAUCCCUAUUUGGAGCAUCCUCUGCUUUUGGAGCAAGUACGUCGUCGCCGUUAUUUGGUUCAUCGAGCACACCUGGAUUUGGUUCUUCUCCAUCAAUUUUUGGUUCAGCUCCUGCUCAGGGGACGACUCCAGCAUUUGGUAGUAGCCUAAGUUUUGCUUCCAGUCAAGCGCCUUCUCUGUUCAGCUCAACUCCUUCGGGUGGACAGACUGGAUCUGCUUUUGGACAGACUGGUUCUGCUUUUGGGACGUUUGGACAGAGUAGUGCUCCCGCAUUUGGCCAAACUAGCCUUUUCAGCACACCUUCUACUGGGUUUGGUAGCUUGUUUACAAGCUCUUCAUCCUUAACUACAUCUACCAGCUCUCCCUUUGGAGCAGCACCUUCUGCUGUGACGCCGUUUCAACCUGCUCAGCCAGUUCAGACAUCUAGUGUUUUUCCUUUCGGCAACUUUGGUCAAACCCAGCCUGCAAAUGCAGCUGGAGUUGGUGGUGGAUCAGGCAUUUUUGGGCAAGCCAACUUUGGGCAACCGUCUGCCUCACUGAGCUCUGUUGUUUUGCAACCAGUCCCUGUCACAAAUCCUUUCGGAACACUUCCUGCUAUGCCGCAGAUAUCAAUAGCUCAAGGUGGAACUGCUCCUACAAUUCAAUAUGGAAUCUCCAACAUGCCUGUGGUUGACAAACCUGCUCCUGUAAGAAUAUCAUCUCUCCUGACUUCUCGACAUCUUUUACAAAGGAGGGUUAGGUUACCCGCAAGGAAGUACCGUCCUGGUGAUGAUGGCCCAAAGGUUCCAUUUUUCAGUGAUGACGAGGAGACAUCCAAUACACCGAAGGCUGAUGCACUUUUCAUUCCAAGGGAAAACCCUAGAGCUCUAGUUAUACGCCCAGUUGAAAAAUGGUCUUCAAGAGAAAAAUCCGCUCCUCCAAAGGAUGGACCUGCUCCAGCACAUGAGAAUGGUAAGAGUUCUGAAGGAGUUACAGAUGCGGGGAAUCAUGAGAAUAAUGUUGGGGAAAAUGGCAAUGCUGGAGAAAGGGCUCAUCCAGUGAAACCAAAUCAGAAGCUGAAUGGCACACAUGCGGAUCAUGCCUCUGCGUCCGGCGGUGCAUACAAAACCCUAAGUGGACACAGGGCCGGGGAGGCAGCUAUAGUUUAUGAGCACGGGGCAGAUAUCGAGGCGCUGAUGCCAAAACUGAGGCGGUCAGAUUAUUACACAGAACCUCGUAUCCAAGAGCUGGCUGCAAAGGAAAGGGCAGAGCCAGGAUACUGCAAGCGUGUGAAGGAUUUCGUGGUGGGGAGGCACGGAUACGGAAGCAUCAAGUUUCUGGGAGAGACAGACGUGAGGAGGCUCGAUCUGGAGUCGCUGGUUCAGUUCAACAAUCGGGAAGUGAUUGUUUACAUGGACGAGAGCAAGAAACCGCCGGUGGGGCAGGGUCUGAACAAACCAGCCGAGGUAACUUUACUGAACAUAAAGUGUGUGGACAAGAAGACGGGGAAACAGUUCACGGAAGGGACGAAGGUGGAGAAGUACAAGGAGAUGUUGAAGCGGAAAGCCGAGGAGCAGGGAGCUGAGUUUGUGUCGUACGAUCCGGUGAAUGGUGAGUGGAAGUUCAGGGUCGAUCAUUUCAGUUGCUACAAGCUCGAAGAUGAUGAAGGUGAAGACGAAGACGGUGUCUGCUGCUGCUGACGAUGUUUUUGCAAAAUCUUGUGUUCUGUCUUUCCUUGAUUCCGUUGUGUGUUUUUUUGUGUCUUUUCAAGCCGUUUAGCACGUUUGGAAUUGUGCAGUUUUAGUGGUUACUGGAUCUGUUUGUCGCUGUCGAUGUGUGUGUGUGUGUUUUUUUGGGGUCUAUUUGUAUUUGGUUCUACACUUGCUAGUCAAUGGUGUUCAUUUAA